CUAAUUGCUUUUUCUGUUUAGUGAAAAUCUAAUAUUCACUCUUCAUAUCUUUUCUUGUCUUAUUUUUCCUAGAUAUCCAUAAAAUGGUUCAUUAGAUCUUCUCAGACUCCAAACCUUCCAAAAUUGUUCACUAUAUAAAACUAAACCCUACUGAAGACAAGACUUAUAUUUGGCGCUCUAUUGAUCAAAUUAAUGUCCAGAAUUUGGGAUGGUUCAGGCGUCCUCUCCAAGAUAUGCUCAAUACACCCCUACUUCUCACUUUACACGUCAUUGCUCUCAAUUCUAAACCAACUUGUCAUUUACCCAUAGUGACUAGUAGGUUGGGCAAUUCAUACUUCCACCAUUUCUUGGACAUGAAAGAUACUGAAAAUAGAGUAAAAUCUCUGUGAGACAAAUAGAAAGUAGUACACUCCGUAUGGGAUAGUCUUCA